UCUUUCCCUAUCAAUUCGAGCCCUACCUGAAUCGAACCCGCUUGCCUCCUCCCUCCUCUCGCCCCAAACCCUCGCCCUGCUCAAGAACCUCGCCGCCGGCCGCCGCCUCCCCCCGACCGGCCGCCAUGGCUCGCAACGAGGAGAAGGCGCAGUCGAUGCUCAACCGCUUCAUCACGAUGAAACAGGAGGAGAAGCGCAAGCCCCGGGAGCGCCGGCCCUACCUCGCCUCCGAGUGCCGCGACCUCGCGGAUGCCGAGCGCUGGCGCUCCGAGAUCCUCCGCGAGAUCGGCGCCAAGGUCGCCGAGAUCCAGAACGAGGGCCUCGGCGAGCACCGCCUCCGCGACCUCAACGACGAGAUCAACAAGCUCCUCCGCGAGCGCGGCCACUGGGAGCGACGCAUCGUCGAGCUCGGCGGCCGCGACUACUCCCGCAGCUCCAACGCGCCCCUCAUGACCGACCUCGACGGCAACAUCGUCGCCGUCCCCAACCCCUCGGGUCGUGGCCCCGGGUACCGCUACUUCGGCGCCGCCAGGAAGCUCCCCGGCGUGCGUGAGCUCUUCGAAAAGCCGCCUGAGAUACGCAAGCGCCGCACGCGGUACGAGAUCCACAAGCGCAUAAAUGCCGGGUACUACGGGUACUACGACGACGAGGACGGCGUGCUGGAGCCCCUCGAGGCCGCCGCCGAGAAGCGCAUGCGGACGGAGGUCGUCAAGGAGUGGCAUCGUGUGGAGCGGGUGCGGCGAGAGGCAAUGAAGGGGGUGGUGAGCGGCGAGGUGGCUGCACCAGGUGGGCGCGGCGGGGAGGCUGCUCGGGAGGUGCUGUUUGAGGGAGUGGAGGAGGAGGUGGAGGAGGAGAGGAAGCGUGAGGAAGAGAAGAGGGAAAGAGAGAAUGGGGAGGAGGCUGGGAGGGAAUUUGUUGCACAUGUGCCGCUACCCGAUGAGAAGGAGAUUGAGCGGAUGGUCUUAGAGAGGAAGAAGAAGGAGCUGCUUAGCAAGUAUGCCAGCGAUUCCCUGCAGGUCGAACAGGAAGAGGCUAAGGACAUGCUCAAUGUGCGACGCUAGAAGAGACGGUUGGUCAAUUGCUUCAUUGGUGGGUUCUUCGGGAUCUGAAACUGAGCACUGAAAUGCACGAAGGAAUGAUCUUUGCGGAGUGCUGGUGUCGACGCAGCCCUGGAAGAUAUUUGAUGUAAAAGAAACAGUAGGGUUUACUUGGAUUACAACAUCAGUCCGUUUAAUCAGUCUUGAUGAGUGAUGACUGGUGGCAAGUCGAAGGCUAAACCUGCUGUCCUGGUGCACCGUGUAUGUGUGUACUGUAACUCUUAUAAUGUACAACCGUUGGCUACAUUGAUUCAUCUCUUGAAAUUUCAGUGAUAUAAGAAAAAUGUUAUCAUCUGCUA